AUGUCCUUUAUGCGUGAUGGAAUUAAUAACGGUCUUGGUAUAUUGACAGGAAAUACACGACGCCCUGAUACUUGUGCAUUGGCUCAAUCAACCAUUCCUUCUGGCCACUGCAUUUGUUCGGUUGUUCCUCUUCCAGUGGAGGAUGUUGGUGUCUCCAUAUUUGAGGAUAGUCAUAUUAAACGUCAUUCCUCUUUGACUGUGCCUCAUUCUUCUCCGAUUUCUGAUAGACGCUUCUUUCGAAAACGUAUUAGCGGUAGUCAGCAGCGCUUGUUUGUUCGUCCUUCCUUAAAAAUAAGUGAUUCAGCUCUUAAGUUGGAGCCCCAUAAGCCACACCCAGAAACAGAAGGGCAGAAUAGCUUUUUGCAAAUAUCUUCUGGAAUCAUGGCCUCUCUACCUGACCGUCAAUUGUAUCAAAAUACCAUUCCAACAAGCAAGGUUGGACUACGAAAGCUUAAUCAAUCUGUCUCGCUUAUUACUAAUCACCGUUCCCACAAACGUCAGCCUUCAGCCCCACCUGUACUUAUCGGCUAUUCAGCCUUUAUGGACUCCUGCAAACCCAGGUCAUUUAUCGAUAUUGGCUCUGUUGCACCCGAUCCUCUGGAUUCUGUUGUGGCCAAACGGGUAUUCGAAGAGUUGCGUACUAAUGAUUUUCCUGUUUAUACGCAUUCACCUCGUUUGCCUCCACAUUUAGUUUCUAGCACAGCAAAAUCAACUUGCAAUGGUAUACGCGGUUUGGAUCGUAUUGAGUGGCUGAAGAAGGCUUCUUUAAUUUCAAAUUACUCGAGCUCUACUCAAAAUGCUGACUCUUCUCAACAAACUUCUAAAGUCGCUGCAUGCGAUGCCUCUUCCUACCACACGCACUCGGCAGAUGAAAAAGCUGGUUUCGAUACUGUAUUUUCUCUGGGAGAUGAUUUAAAUUCUAGAAAUGCAUUAAUGCUCAAGCAUAUUCUUCACACAACUAAACACAACUCCGUGUGCCACUUGGCCAUUUCUUCUCCCAGUAACAUUGUCUCUAGUUGUGUCGAUGAUGGGGACCUUGAGAACUUUAUUAAUCCAGCUUCUCAACAAACUGCUAAUUUCCCCUUUGCUUCAGCAAACAUCUCUGGCGCCUGCCCUACUAUCCAGCCCCAGCCAUUUUUAUCUCCGACUUGCACUUCCAUUCCUACACGCCCCAGCGCUUUUCCUGGUCAAACUCAGGCCAUCGGGUUUUCAUUUGCUCCAGAGAAAGAAUGCCCUGACCAUGUCGAGCAUUCAGAAGAAAAUGGACUGGCUUGCAGGAAAACUGAACAGAUCGUCUGUAGGCUAAAAGUUGUUCGAAUCCACGGACAACUUCGUCGCCUUACCAAAGAUAGUCGAUUCUCUUCGGAUACCCUUCUUACUGCCAUUCCAUUUUACGCCUCUCGUGUGUUAUUCACUUUUGAUUCUGACCCUUGCUUUGAUUCAGACAAACUUAAGCAUGACUCUAUCACUACAGCUUUUGACCUUGACCAACACACAGCUGGAUGGAUUAUGUUUGAAUGUGGGCUAGAAAAGUUGACACUAACCUGUGUCCAUCGAUCGGGUUUUGAAGAUAAUCUCGAUGAUUUUGAAUCACCAAGACGUAAAAGACGCAAUUGUGAAGCCGUCAGA